ACAACAUGUCAAGAUCUUUUAUUUGCUUGUAAAUGCUUAUUUUUUACUUUCAAUUCCCUUUUCGGACACGGUUUUCCUCUUUCGGGAUGAUUUAGAUAUUUAUCUAUUGCUAGUAAAAGUUCGUAUUGAAAUAAAUUUUUUUUUAUUUUUAAACACGCUCUUUUUUUUUUUUAUUUUAUUUCAUGUUUGGAAAAAGUGCUUUUGGUACAUCCACAGGAGGCUUUGGCCAGCCUCAACAAACAAGCAACGUAUUUGGUCAACAACCACAACAACCACAACAGCCAUCUGCUUUUGGAGGCUUUGGAGCAACAAGUACACCCAAUGCUUUUGGAACUGCUACUACAGGAUCUGCAUUUGGACAACCAGCACAACAGCAGCCUGCAUUUGGAUCUACUGCGCCUUCUACAGGCUUCGGUGCUGGAACUUCUGCAUUUGGUCAACCAAAACCCACUGGCUUUGGAGGCUUCGGUAGCACUUCUACACCUGCAUUUGGUUCAACUCAACCAGCUACUACCGGCUUUGGCGGUUUCGGAUCAACUCCUGCUUCAAAUACUUCAGCCUUUGGUUCAACCAGUACCAGUACAGGCGGAUUCUUUGGACAACGUCCUGCUACAGGAGGAUUUGGCAGUACACCUACUACAACUGCAUUCGGUCAACCACAGCAACCACAACAACAGCAGACGCCAGCAUUUGGUGGAUUUGGCGCUGGCGGAACAGCAUUUAAUCAACCUGCAGCAGGUACUAACCAAGGUACCGCAAUCGCAGACUUUACUGCCACUCAAGACCGUGAUAUUACAACAGGCGUAAACAACUUCUUCCAAACUAUCACUGCUAUGCCACAAUAUAAAGAUUAUUCUCUUGAAGAGCUUCGAUUACAAGAUUAUGUUCAAGGUAGAAAGACUGCUUCUGCUGCAGGCGGUGCUUUUGGCCAGCCUGCCGCAGGAGGCGCAUUCGGUCAGACGACAUCCACGAUUGGCGGUGGUGCCUUUGGUCAACCAUCAACUGGUGGAGCUUUUGGUCAGCCAGCAGCAAGCACUGGAUUUGGUCAGCCAGCCCAGUCCAACAUGUUUGGCGCUACUGCCAACACCGGUGGUAUGUUUGGCCAACAACAACAACAACAACAACCUACAACUGCUUUUGGUCAAAGCACUGGCACGAAUGCAUUCGGUUCUACUACCAACGCAUUCGGUGCUACUGGAACUAGUACAACCGGUUUUGGCACUGGUACUACAGGAGGUGCGUUUGGUGCUAGUACUGCUAAACCUUUUGGUUUUGGUGGUACAUCGACUGCACCUACCACUGGCUUUGGUGCGACAACAACCGGAUUUGGACAACAAGGUGCUACUGGAGGAUUUGGUCAGCAGAGCACGACUGGUGGAUUUGGACAGCAAGCCGGUCAAACAGGUGGUUUUGGUGGCUUUGGAGCUAAACCAGCCACUACCACAACUGGUACCACCGGCUUUGGAGGGUUUGGCAACACGGGUGCAACCACUGGUGGAUUUGGCACUGCCACUAGCAAGCCCGCGACAGGAUUCUCAUUUGGCCAACCUGCUACCUCUACAGGCACCACUGGCUUUGGUGGAUUUGGUGCAUCUACUACUCCCAGCUUGGGCGGAUUCGGUCAAACUGGUGCAGGUGCUACGACGGGUGCAUUUGGCGGUAAUAAGCCUGCAACUUCCACUUCUUUCUUUGGUAAUACUACUGGCGCUACGACAGGAACAACAGGCUUUGGUGGCUUUGGUACAGGUCAAGCUAAUACAACAGGCGGAUUUGGCGCUGGCACUACAGGUGGACUCUUAGGUCAAAAGCCUGCUGGCACCCUUGGCGGCUCGUUCACUUCUGGAGGUUUAGGUGGAGCAGGAUUUGGAUCCUUUGGCCAGCAACAACAAACUGGUGCAUUCAAUUUACCCGGUCAAGGCGGCUUGACAACUUUUGCAACUACUGGACCUCAAAAUGGCAUUCAACAACAACCCUUGAUUGCUACAGUAGACAAGAACCCUUAUGGUAACAACCCAUUGUUUGACUUAUCCAAGUUAUCCGGGGCCAAUGCUGAUAACCGAUCUGGUCCCUCUGCCGUUGCGGUCAGUGGAUCUACUAGUAAGCCUUCUACGCCUCAUUUUCCUGUUUCCCCUCGCGUUGUUUCCAAAAUCAAGCUUCGUGGCUUCUCUACGGCUGCUGCAAGACCUACCAGAAAGACAAUGGGCAACUCCUCCCUAGAGGGUAUUAGUGACGAUGCUGUGCUUGGAACGGGCGCUUUCGCCUCUCGUGACAAUAACAAAAAGUUGGUAUUUGAUAAUGAUGUUGAUGCAGCUAGUAUUGUAGCUCUAGUCAACAAGAAGGGAGAGAAGAAGAAGGCUGUUUUUGACCCCAAUCUUGAAUAUGUUGCAUCAAAGGAAAUCCACAAGGACACGACAUCCACUGCACCCUUGUCUAGCGCCUCUUUGGACAGCAUUCAUCCUGGAACUAGCAAUAACAACAUUGCGCCUGCUUCAACCUCUUCUGCCCUUGCCAUUAAAAAUGGAUAUUACGUCUCACCCACCCUCGAUACCUUGAAAGGCAUGAGCAAAGAGAGUUUAAAAUCUGUACAGAAUUUAGUCGUUGGUCGUACAGGAUUCGGAGAAAUUAGGUUUGAAAAGCCAGUUGAUUUAUCUCAAGUUAAUCUGGAUGACUUUUUGGGCAAUCUUAUUGUCAUUGACGAUAGACGAGUCGUUGUCUACCCCGAUGAAGCGACUAAAAAGCCUGUUGGUACGGAAUUGAAUGUUCCUGCGAUCAUUAGCAUCGAGAAUUGCUUCUCUCAUGACAAGUACACCGGUGCUCCAAUUAGGGAUCCUGAGCAUCCUCGCUUUAAGCUGUUUGUGGACAAGAUGCGUCAACGUCCAGGCGUUGAGUUUGUAAGUUAUGAUAACUCGACUGGUACUUGGUCUUUUAGAGCUCAAAAGUUUUAAUUCGAUAUCUUUAAACACAUAAAAUAACAAAAAAAAAACUUUAUUAAUAAAGAAAUACAAAGUAUAAAAAAGUGAAUAUGUUUAAAUGCAUGUUUUUAAAUAUAUAAG